AUGUGUCGACAACCGUCGAAACAAUCGGUACAGGCUGCCCUCAGCGCGACCAUACCCAGUCACGUAAAGGUCGAUAGCUUGCGACCCAUUGCUUCCCUUCGACCACAAAGGAUAUUCGAAGUCAGUCUUUCUGACGGCAAAACACUCCUCCUUUCACUCCCGCCACAAGUCCUCUUCAGACGCCUGAGGCACGAACAAUUCAUAAUAGGCUUCGAAGCGGCAACAGUUCAAUGGAUCAGGGAUGCUCUUGCCAGAAACCAUUUGACUAGCUUUACAAGCCCAACACUUCAGAGAUUCCUCCCGGCCCUCGUACAUACUUCAAGUCACGGUCCGGUCGAGCUAGGGUCAGCCUACAACGUCUUCGAGAAUCAACAUGGCAUUCCUGUUGCCUUGUUACCUUCUCCCCCCAGCCACUUGGAGCGUAAACGUUUGGAUAAGCAUCUCGGCCAACUUUACCGAUCCCUCUCGUCAAUGACCUCACCGUCGGGCAGGUUCGGCCCCGUGGCGGUCGUCAUCCCUAAAAUGCCAGGAAUAGAGCUUUCGGACAAGGUGGCUGGGCUUGGAGAAGGCGGCUUGGUGGCAGCCGACGGAGCAAGGAAUUGGUCAACUGCCUUUCAGUCGUUAUUGGAGGGUGUUCUAAGAGACGGCGAAGACAUGGCGGUCACAAUGGCUUACUCGCAGAUACGAAGACAUUUCAGGCGGUUUGAACACUUGCUCAACGAGGUCAAGACGCCGAGAUUAGUGGUUAUUGACGUGGCUGAUGACACAAACACCUUGGUCACCGUGGAGAGCACGACAAGUACAAACGGCUAUAGCAACUACACGACAGCACCACAACCGGCAUCAUCCGCGUCAGACAACUACAUCGGUACAGAACGACGACUAACGCUUACCGGCCUUCAAGAUUGGAGUAACUGCGUCUUUGGCGAUCCACUAUUAGCUACCAUCUUCAGCGACGGCGUCUCGGAAUCCUUCAUGGAAGGUUUCGAAACCGGUCCUGCCUCUACCCAUGCGAACCAUCUCGGGGGCAGCAGUAGAAACACAAGUGCCAGCACCCACAGCACCAACACAGGAGUCAUGUCCAUCACAGCCAUCACCGAACAAACCACCAUUACUCGUGCACCUGCACCAACAAUAUCCAGCCUUCCGCCACCAACAGAAGCCAGCAGCAACAGCGACAACGACAUAAUCUCCUCGCUGAUCGAAGACCUCCCCAACGCCGGCAUUCGCCUCCUCCUCUACCAAGUCUACCACGCCGCGCUCUGCAUUGUCAAAGAGUUCUAUCGACCUCGAUCGUCACCUUCCCCCUAUAAUACUACUACCUGCUCCUCCUCUCCUCCUCCUCCUCCUCCUCCUUCAUCCUUCUCCAGCUCUCCAAGUACCAACAGAGAGCUCGAAGCUCGGAGAAAACUCACCGAGGCGCUGAAUAGGUUGGAGAGUGCUGCUGCUGUGCCAGUGGUUACACCGAUCUCGGUGUUGUCUGUACCUGUGCCAUCUUCCCUCAAGAAGCAAACCCUCCUCGCAAGCAAUAGCUGCUCCUCACCGGUAGCCGGUGCUAGGUCGUUAUUAUUUGGCCUGCAGGAGAUUAGUACUAUUGGUAGUAGCAGUAGUAGUGGUAGUAGAAGUAGGGAUGAUGUGCUGGCGAACAAGAAGCUGCAUCAUCGACCGAGUGGAGAUAUGAGCCCUGCGAAGAGGGCGAAGAGUGCUAGUGAUGGGGAGAGGGGGUAG